AUGCCGCGCUUGCCGCCUCUCCUGCCGCUGCUGCUUCUGCUGCUGCCGCCGCUGGUCCCCGGCCUCGGGCUCCGCGGCGCAGGCGUCCGGCACUCCGAGUGCGGCCCAUGCCUGCCCGAGCACUGCCCUGCGCCCGCGCGGUGCCCCGCGCCCGGGAUCGCCGCGCGUGACGAGUGCGGCUGCUGUGCGCGAUGUUUGGGCAACGAGGGCGCGAACUGCGGGGGCCCGGCUGGAGCGCGCUGCGGCCCCGGACUGGUGUGCGCGAGCAGGGCCGCGGGGGCGGCGCCCGAGGGCACUGGGCUCUGCGUUUGUGCGCAGCGCGGUGCCGUCUGUGGCUCUGAUGGCCGCACCUACUCCAGCAUCUGCGCGCUACGCCUGCGCGCCCGGUACGCGCCCCACACGCACUCCGGCCACUUGCACAAGGCGCGCAAUGGCCCCUGCCAGUUUGCUCCUGUGGUCAUCUUGCCACCCCGGAGUGUCCACAAUGUCACUGGGGCACAGGUUUACCUGUCCUGUGAGGUGAGGGCAGUGCCCACCCCAGUCAUCACGUGGAGGAAGAUCACACACUCUCCUGAGGGCAUCGAGGUCCUGGAGGAGUUACCUGGGGAUCACGUCAAUAUAGCUGUCCAGGUGCGAGGGGGCCCUGCUGACCACGAGGCCACAGGGUGGAUUUUGAUCAGUCCCCUGAGAAAGGAAGACGAGGGCGUGUACCAGUGCCACGCGGCCAAUGUGGUUGGGGAAGCCGUAUCGCACAGCACAGUGAUGGUCCUAGAUCUGAGCAGAUACAAAAGCCCCCGCUCCCCAGCUCCAGCUGACCGCCUGUGACGGAUGAAGGGUCUUAGAGACAUUGAGCACAGGAUAAUGAAGAAGUCAAAUACUGAACCAUUUUGCUUUGUGAAGACUUGGGAAAACUGUUUGUAGAUGACCCCUUUUGUAUGUUUUUAAAAACUGGAUGCAAACUAGAUUCAUACGCAGAUGUAGUUUUUAACAGGAUAAACAUGGGAAAACAGAUGUGCAUGUAGCUUUUUUAUACUCUUGGAAUGAUUGUUUCGUGUGAAUUCUUUUUUAACUUUUCCUUCCCAGGGAGCUCAAAUCUUGGCAUAUUUGUAAUCUAAAGGGCUCCAAUUGAGGUGCGUGUGACUCAGACCUGUGACUGAUUAGUGCAUGCUCUGCGACUUAGUUUGUGUUGUAGAAGGAGGGAGGAAUUUCUCAGCACUCCUCAGUCUGAUUUUUGCUUGCUGUGUGACCUCAUGGGUCUCUUUCCCUCUCUGGGCCUAGGUCCUUCAUCUGUGAUUGUGGCAUUUGAAACUGAUGUCACCAGAAUCCUUUCCAACCCUGACAUCCUAGGGUAAGAUAGCCUUGUACAAUAAAUAUAGAAAGCCUGAUCUUAGUGUUCAUCUUCAAAUGGUAUUCCCUUAAAAACAAAUUAUCACCUCAUACCAGGGUGUAGAUAACUAGUGUGACUCUUACAUUUCUGUCCUUUCCCUCAGUUUAAGAUUUAGUCCUAGAUAGGACAGGUACUUUGGUGGGUGUUUGGGGACCAUACCGACUACUAUGAUCCCAGCAUUGCACAAUGUGGGCUGAGAUCCGGCUUCUGGACAUCACAGUGUGGAAGGGGAUCAGGUCCAGAGGUCCUGGACAUUGAAUCACAGUAUAGUAUAGAGCAUUCUACUUAUAUACAUUUUGACCUCAUCCAAGAAUAAGGCUUUCUCCCUUUUUAGUGGAAGAAGGAGAAUAUUUACUAUCUGGUGGAUCUCUGGUGAUUAGAAUUUCUUCACAUUAGUCCUUAAAGUGGAGAAAGCACUGUCCCACCCAUGAGCCCAGUCCCACAAAGGUGGGCAGCACAGUAAUUAGUGUCCUGGUACUGCUCUGUGAAGAAACUAAACUCUAGGAGGGAAACUCCUUGUCCAAGUCUGGAGGUAGAAACCCUGCUACUUUCCACUCUAUGCUGCUCUGUCCCAGGGUGACCUUAAAAGCAGAGGAGGGCAGUGCUGCCAUACCUGGCCCAGUUCAACUUUUAAAGAACUCUCUUGUGCCUCUUAUAUUGGCCAUUAUAUUCUUGAGUACUUGUUAGAAUUGAACUUUUUUGCCUUUGAAUGUGGCCAUUGAUUGUCCAAAAUAUUGGCAUGGUAUGACUGGUAUACUCCACAGUAGAAAGAGACCAAUCUGGGAAUCCAGAAGCGUGAGGUCCACGCAGUUCAUCCUGGCUUGCUAUGCAAUUGUAGGCGGGUCCCUUCACGCCCUGGGCAGCCACACCCUCAUCUGAAUAGGAAGGGGAUGAACCUAGAGGAAUGAUUUUUGAACUUAAAACACUGGAGUUCCUUCUUUGAGUAAAUUGAGAAUU